AUGAACGCCAGCGACGACGAGCGGGAGCUUGCAGGGCAAGAGAUGCAGCGCCGGAGCGACCUGGAGCUCGGCUCCAGCGAUGACAGCGAGGAAGGGGCGAGGAAGUAUGACAAGGAAGGGGACUCGGAAGGUGAUCACGAGACCGACGACGAAGUCGAUGGAGAGUCAGAGCUGGCCAAGCGAGGAGCCAAGAAGUUCAUUCCGGUGACGCUGGCCUUCAAGAACCUGUUCUACUCGGUCCAGGUGCGCAAGGGCAAGAACCCUUUCCAGAAGAAGCAAAAGAAGACCCUGCUCAAGGACCUCCACGGCGAGCUGCGACCGGGCGAGGUCACCGCCAUUAUGGGUCCCUCCGGAGCGGGCAAGACGACGCUGCUCAACCUACUGGCCGGCCGCGUGCAGGGCGGCAAGACCAAGGGCUCGCUCACGGUCAACGACUUCCCCAAGGACCACAUUUCCAGCCGCCGGUGGCAGCGACUGAGCUCCUACGUCAUGCAGGACGACGUGAUGUACCCGAUGCUGACGCCGCGCGAGACGUUCUGGUUCUCGGCGCAGCUCAAGCUGCCCCUGACCGAGCGCAACAAGAAGGCCAAGGUCGACGCGCUCAUCGAGGAGCUGGGACUGGAGAAGUGCCAGAGGACCAAGAUCGGCAACGCCGAGCAGCGCGGCAUCUCGGGCGGACAGCGGAAGCGGGUGAGCAUCGGCAUGGAGAUGAUCACCGACCCGUCGAUCCUCUUCCUCGACGAGCCCACCUCUGGGCUGGACUCCUCGACUUCCUAUUCGCUGGUGGAAAAGCUGCGGCACCUGGCCGCCAUGGGCCGCACCAUCGUGACCACCAUCCACCAGCCCAGCACCGACAUCUUCUUCAAGUUCGACCGCCUGAUGCUGCUGGCCGACGGCCACAUGGUCUACAACGGACCCACCAAAGACGUCGUGGCCUACUUCGCCAAGCUCGGCUACACCUGCCCCCAGUACACCAACCCCGCCGAGUUCAUCAUGAACCUGGUGAAGGCGGACAGCUACAUUUCGAGCAAAGAAGACGGGGAGGAGAGGCUCAAGCAUCUGAUCAGGGCCUUCCGGGCCGAUAACAACCUGCCCGAGCUGACCGAAGACGGCGGGGCCUACGCCGACGGCAUCAAGCGCAGCGGCGGCAGUGACACCAAGCUCAAGAAGAGGAAGAUGAUGAAGAAGAAGCGGCACCACCAUCGCGAUGGUGAUGAAGACGUGUCGAAGAUUCCGGUCACGAGCGGACCCAACUUUCUCUACCGAUGGGGCCUGCUCUGUCUCCGUUCGGGCAUCAUGCAGCUCCGCGACCCGCUGCAGGUCCCCGCUCGGCUCAUCCAGGCCCUGUUCCUCGCCUUCCUCGUGGGCUUCCUCUACCUCCAGAUUGGGGACAACCAGCGGAGCAUUGCGGACAGGCAGGGCUCGCUGUUCUUCGUGGUGAUGUCGCUGUCCAUGGGGCCGAUGAUGGGCUGCCUGGUGGUGUUCCAGGCCGAGCGGGUGAUCUUCAUUCGCGAGCACUCGACCGGCUGCUACAGCACGCUGGCCUACUACCUCGCCAAGGUCUUCGCCGACAUCCCCGCCCUCCUUGUGGUGCCGAUCGUGCAAGGCACCAUCUCCUACUGGAUGGUGGGGUACCAGUCGGCGGCCGACCGGUACUUCAUCUUCAUCGCCGCCUGUAUCGCCGUGACGCUGGUGGCCCACGCCCUGGGCCUGUCGAUCAGCGCCGGCGCGCCGAACUUGGACGUGUCGAUGGCCAUCUCGCCCAUCCUCUUCAUUCCUCUCAUGCUCCUCGGCGGCUUCUACCUGAGCGACGACUCCAUUCCCAAGUGGCUCAUAUGGAUCAAGUACUUCUCGCCGUUCAAGUAUGCCUUCAACAUUGUGGCGAGGAACGAGUUUGAGGGCCUCACCUUCACCUGCGACCCCGACCCCACGGAAGCCUGCACACCGACUGGUGAGAAAGUGUUGCACAACCUGAACCUUGACAACGACGAAGGGAGCUUAUGGGCCUCCUUCCUCUUCCUGCUCAUGCAGUACUGCUUCUUCCACACACUCGCCUACGUUCUGCUGCGCCUCACCGCCGGUCGGAGGAAGGCCUAA